AUGCCUGACGACGCCGACGACCAAUCCAGCGUGCCAUCUGCCGACCCUAAUGUUCCGCCGACGCCCUCCAUUUCAGACACUCAGGCAGCAAACCUGCAAGUGAACACCCAGGUCGCGGUGGACCGCACCGAGCUCCUCGAGAAAGCGCGUUCAUUCCUCAGCUCGCCCCAGGUCGUGCACGAAGACACCGCAGCGAAGCGAAGGUUCCUAGCAGAGAAAGGUCUGAGUGAUGCGGAGGUGGACGGGCUCCUGCGGGAAGUGCCUGCAGCAGUGCCGCUAGUGCCGCCACGGACGUAUCCGCAGCCUCCACCGUCCAACCUGCCUAACCUUCUUGCCGGCGUAACGAGGAUACUCAGCUGGAUCGCGGGGGGGUCCGUGGGGCUGUUGUUACUGUAUUUCAAAUUUAUUUAUCCACGACUAUCGCAGUCAUACCACGCGCGGCAUGCUCUACGCAGUCACCAGAGGAACCUGCUGGGCAAGCUCACAGAUUCAGUGACUGCUUUGAAGACGACCCAGACCGAGACCUUCGUCAUCCUUCCCCAAGCAGAACCUUUCAAGGAUCCUGCGCAGUACGGGGACUGUCAUACCUUGGACGAGUUUGUUGCUGCAAGUAAGGAUAGUCGGGAUUUACCGCCUUUCAGCCUCCUACGAUGUGCCAUUGAGGGCUUGGUCUCGCAAGAUCAAAAACCUACAACCGAAGACAUCUUCCAAACACUGGAAUCCAAGUUGCCUUGGCUGAAGUCGGAAGAGGAGGGAGUCCAAUUCGAAGCAAAGCUCUGGGAGACCCUCUCCAUGAGCCCCGUGUUCCGCCACGAAGACACAGAUGGUACCUCUGUAUGGUCCUACCACCCUCCUAUACCACCGCCGCUUCCACCUCUCAUGUCGUCAUUACAUUCCCUGAAAGAGGCGCUUCCCGAAAGCAUGCCGCAGGCCAGCCACUACCAGCACACGCUGGAAGCCCUUUCUAGUCUCACGGGCUACAUCUCUGCUCACACGUACUCGUACGCGCUUCCGCGCACAAACUUCCGGCUCGGGGUUGCGUCCCCUGACCCUCAGCUGCAUCCCGAAGAGGAGGACGUGCGCAAGGAAAUUCGAGCGCUGAAGGGGCUCGUGCUCAACCGCCGCUCGUUUAUGCCUGCGAUUCCCAGGCCGCCUUCGGUGCCCCGCCGUGACGUUGCCUCGACGUCUUGA